GAGGAUGGGCGCGGGGCACGUGGACCAGAAAUACUUCCUAUAAACAGCAAGUACGCUGCUCAACCCUGCCUGAACUUUCCUGUAAACAGCCACUGACAGACUGCAUCCCUGCUGGGUGGAUCCUGCGACUCCUAGAGGGAAUGGCACUUCUUGUUUUUAAUUAGCAAGGUGAAAGGUGAAUUAAAACUAGCAAUUUAGCAAGUCAGUGCAAGAGGCUGACUUCUGAGAGGCUUCCAGGAGCCCGAAGAGAGGAGCUCCACGGGAGGAGGGAGUGCGUGUGCUCGGGCUUUUUUUUUUUUUCCCCUGAAUGAACAGCUUUGCCUAAGUGACUGAAAAACAGCUUCUUCCUGAAUCUACCGGCUUAGUUGCUGAAGAGAGCUCUAGACAGGACAUGGCUCUGAAGACUCACUCUUUGGAAUGUCCUCUUGCUCCCGGCUUAUAAACAAUUGUUCAGAGGAAAGAAAGGUUUUACAUAGCCAAAUACAGCCUGACAAAUGGCACUUCGGAACUGUGCUUUUUGAUGACAACGCGUUCGAUUUCUGACAAAGCCUCUCGCACGCUGCCCCUGGAGGGAAGUCCUAAGUAAAACUCAGACCCUCCUUAAAGUGAGGAGUGAGGGCUUGAACAUUGAACACGGCAGCAUGGCAUCCGCGGGGCACAUUAUCACCUUGCUCCUGUGGGGUUACUUACUGGAGCUUUGGGCAGGAGGUCACACAGCUGAUACUACCCAUCCCCGGUUACGCCUGUCACAUAAAGAGCUCUUGAAUCUGAACAGAACAGCAAUAUUUCAUAGCCCUCUUGGAUUUCUUGAUCUCCAUACAAUGCUGCUGGAUGAAUAUCAAGAGCGGCUCUUCGUUGGAGGCAAGGACCUUGUGUAUUCCCUCAGCUUGGAGAGAAUCAGUGACGGCUAUAAAGAGAUACACUGGCCUAAUACAGCUCUAAAAAUAGAAGAAUGCAUGAUGAAAGGAAAAGAUGUGGGUGAAUGUGCAAAUUAUGUUCGGGUUUUGCAUCACUAUAAUAAGACACACCUUCUGACAUGUAGUACUGGAGGUUUUGAGCCACUUUGUGCCUUUAUCAGAGUUGGAUAUCAUUUGGAGGAUCCUCUGUUUCACCUGGAAUCAACCAUAUCUGAGAGAGGAAGAGGCAAAUGUCCUUAUGACUCCAGCUCCUCAUUCGUCUCCACUUUAAUUGGUACUGAAUUGUUUACUGGACUCUACAGUGACUACUGGAUCAGAGAUGCUUCGAUCUUCCGCAGCAUGGGACGACUGUCCCAUAUCCGCACUGAGCAUGAUGAUGAGCGUCUAUUGAAUGAACCAAGAUUUGUAGGUUCAUACAUGAUUCCUGACAAUGAAGACAGAGAUGACAAUAAAGUAUAUUUCUUUUUUACUGAAAAGGCACUGGAGGCAGAAGACAAUGCCCACACAAUUUACGCCAGGGUGGGGCGACUCUGUGUGAAUGAUAUAGGAGGGCAGAGAAUACUCGUGAAUAAGUGGAGCACUUUCCUAAAAGCCAGACUGGUUUGCUCAGUACCAGGAACGAAUAGAAUUGACACAUAUUUUGAUGAAUUAGAGGACAUUUUCUUGCUACCUACCAGAGAUCAUAAGAAUCCAGUGAUAUUUGGACUCUUUAACACUACCAGUAAUGUUUUUCGAGGGCAUGCUAUAUGUGUCUAUCAUAUGUCGAGCAUUAGGGCAGUCUUCAACGGACCCUAUGCACAUAAGGAAGGACCUGAAUACCACUGGUCAGUCUAUGAAGGAAAAGUCCCUUAUCCAAGGCCGGGUUCUUGUGCCAGCACAGUAAACGGAGGGGGAUACAGAACCACCAGGGACUAUCCUGAUGAUACCAUCCGAUUUGCAAGAAAUCAUCCACUAAUGUACCAGGCCAUAAAACCUGCCCAUAAAAAACCAAUCUUGGUAAAAACAGAUGGAAAAUAUAACCUGAAACAAAUAGCAGUGGAUCGAGUGGAAGCUGAAGAUGGCCAAUAUGAUGUCUUAUUUAUUGGUACAGAUAAUGGAAUUGUGCUAAAAGUAAUCACAAUUUACAACCAGGAAAUGGAAUCAAUGGAAGAAGUAAUUCUAGAAGAACUUCAGAUAUUCAAGGAUCCAGUUCCUAUUAUUUCUAUGGAGAUUUCUUCGAAGCGACAACAGCUAUAUAUUGGAUCAGCUUCUGCCGUGGCUCAAGUCAGAUUCCAUCACUGUGACAUGUAUGGAAGUGCUUGCGCUGACUGCUGCCUGGCUCGAGACCCUUACUGUGCCUGGGAUGGCAUAUCCUGCUCCCGGUAUUACCCAACAAGUACACAUGCAAAAAGGCGUUUCCGCAGACAAGAUGUUCGGCAUGGAAAUGCAGCUCAGCAGUGCUUUGGACAACAGUUUGUUGGGGAUGCUUUGGAUAAGACUGAAGAACAUCUGGCUUAUGGCAUAGAGAACAACAGUUCUUUGCUGGAAUGUACCCCACGAUCUUUACAAGCAAAAGUUAUCUGGUUUGUACAGAAAGGACAUGAGACCGGAAAAGAGGAGGUGAAGACCGAUGAUAGAGUGAUUAAGAUGGACCUUGGCUUACUCUUCCUAAGGUUACAAAAAUCAGAUGCUGGAACCUAUUUUUGCCAGACAGUAGAGCAUAGCUUUGUCCAUACUGCCCGUAAAAUCACCUUAGAGGUAGUGGAAGAGGAGAAAGUUGAGGACAUGUUUCACAAGGAUGAUGCAGACAGGCCUCGCAGGAUGCCUUGUCCUGUCCAGAGUAGCGCCUCGCAGGGAGCAAAACCGUGGUACAAAGAAUUCUUGCAGCUGAUCGGUUAUAGCAACUUCCAGAGAGUGGAAGAAUAUUGUGAGAAAGUAUGGUGCACAGAUAGGAAGAGGAAAAAGCUUAAAAUGUCACCCUCCAAGUGGAAGUAUGCCAACCCGCAGGAAAAGAAGCUCCGUUCUAAACCCGAGCGCUACCGCCUGCCCAGGCACACGCUGGACUCUUGAUGGGGUUAUCCGUUUAGGAAAGAUUUGAAAGCCCAUUGUCAGUAGAUACAUUGAGUCCAUUUGCAGAAACAACGAGUGAAAUUAAAAAAAAAAAAAGUUAAUCCUUUUAUCAAACUUUAAUAUGAAAGUAUUUUUUAUAGAUAAUUUAUUUCACAAGUCAAAAAUGAAGAUUUUGUAGCUCUCAACAUCUGUUAAAGCUCAAAAUGUAAAAAGCAAUCUUCCCUGAAAUCUAAAAGAUAUUAUAACAGCCAUAUUUUAUUUGUAAAACAGGUAUUAAAGUGAUCUGUUCUCAGAUAUCAAAUUUUCUUCUCUAUAUUAAGAGACAGGAAACUGUUUCAUGAGUUCACUUAACUACUGAGAUAUUCAGAGCAUUUUACCUCUCCUAAAUAUUAUAAAAACAAUUGUAUUUUUGAGAAUGUUUAUCAAAGUCUUUCCUUCUCCUGUUAAAUAUUUAGCAAUUGCUUUUCUAAAAUAUAAAUUUUUAUAAGAUGUUUUCUUAUAAAAUUGAAAACAAGUGUAUUACACAGGAAACCAUUGUGAACAUUUAUUCAGAUAUUAAUUAAUGUUUAUUUCAGUUGUCAAAGUUAGCGUUUAGGUUGUAAAUUUAAGUUAAAGUGCUGAUAACUCAUAAUCACUUGCAAUUUUAUUGUAAAAUUAACAAAUACAUAAAUGCUUUAAGAAAAGUUUAUUCAGAUAAGUCACCAAGCUUCAAAAGAUCUAAGACAUGCAAAUGUACUGAAAACUGACUUGCUCUGAAAAUUCCACUUGCCAUUUACCUAAGAAUCCACUGGAGGUCGUUAUUGCCCAUAAAUAUUAACUGAAAAGAGUAUGUAUUGAAAUGUAUUUUUUUUUAACCAUAUUCAGUAAAAGCUUGCUCAAUUUGGAGAAAUAGAACCAUGAUAACUGAUCAAGGGCCCUUACAAAGUUUAUGUCUGAACAAAUAAGUCAAUUAAGUGCACUUUAUUGACAAAGUCUUCCACUAACACACAAGAAAGAAAGAGGGUUUUUCCCUUGUAUCUGAAUUUUAAAUUAAAAAAUUAAGGCAGAUAAGACAUUAGUGGUUAUCAUUUUAAUCGAGAUAACACAGACAAGUAGUUAAUAAUAACUGUGGUGUAACUUGUAAACUAAAUAUUUGGUAACUGAUGCAAUAGGCAGAGGAAAAUAGUUUUUCUAUGACACAAGUCAUAAGAAGUAGACACUCAGAACAGCGAUUUGAUUAAAAUAAAGUAACUGUUAACCAGAAAAGAAACAUUUUACAUAAAAUGCUAAAAUUGAUUCUAGGAAAAUCAAUCAAACCCAAAUAAAGUUUAUAAAAUGCUAAUUUGAAAGAAAACUGAUAAGAAAAUUUUGAGGGCCCAGGUCUACAGUUUAGGGUGACUACUAAAUUUUAUACAUAAUUAUACCCACAUACACAUAUGUACAUAUAUGUAUAAAUCUUGCUUCCUGCCUGUUUAUGGCAGUACUGUGGAGAACUGGGAAAGUAGAGGGAGGGAGGGAGGGGGAGAGGGGGAGAGAGAGAGAGAGAGAGAGUAGUUCCCAGGGAUAUGUUUCAUGUCUCAUCAUUUUUCAGUCUCUUCCUCUCUCUCCCAACACAUGUGCAUGCACACAGACACACACACACACACGUACACACACAACGCACCUCACGUACUAUAAAAUAAAUCAAGCCAUGCCGCUCUGUCCUUCUUGAGAAUUUCAAACAUGCCACAGAAAUAUAUCCCCAGUAUUUUGUUCUGUCUGAGGUGAGAAUUCAAAUUCAGAAUCUCUUUUGAGAAAUGUGUAGGCUUGGAAAAUUACAAAUGGAUCAAUCUUCUCUGAACCCAGGGAGGGUACAUGCUUAGACAUUUACAAGACUUGGAGGAAUUAAGAGUUCGCUCUUGAUCUCACCAAAAUUUUCCCCUUUUUCUUUUUCUUGCAGAAGGAGAGAAACCAUGCUCUCUAGCAACACUGAGCAAAAUCAUAACCACUCAUCCUAAUUGCUAAGGGGCACCUCCAUCUAGGGUCAGUCUACUGCUUCCUUAGGCCUCUUCUAUGUUAUUCUUUGUUACGGGAGAGGACCUGUGGUUAGAAUGAAUUUUGACAUAAAACAAUGCCCAUUCACCUCGUCCUUCAUCACAAUGCCACCCAUUGAGCAAGAUAUCCAGAUUUGUUAACAAGAAAGAUUUUGCUUCGUGAUUUAUAAAGUCUCUUCUGUGUCUCUAAUUCUACAUUGCUAUUUUUUUUGUGUGUGUGUGAAUUACUGAAUAUUUCAGUGCAAAUCUAUCAACUUGGAGAAACAGGGAUAAAAGAUAAACACUAAUAAGAGCUAUAGAAAAAAGGGAACAGAGUCUUUGCCUGUUUAGUAAGUGGCAAUUCCAUAUAUAUUUUAGAGUCUUUUUCUUUCUAAAAUUAGUUAAAUACUUAGAAUGUUUGUAAUGAGUGUUCAAUAUUUGCUAUAGGGUUUAGGGUUUUGUAAAUCUUCCUAGUAAUUAUGAACAUUUGUAAGAUUUGUAAAAUACAAUAAAUCGUUUUGAAUGUUGAUGUUAAGCAUGAAACAAACACAGCAGCUGUUGUCCUUAAAAAUGAAUUGACCGGUGACAUCUGUAGCCUAAUAAAUAUAUUAAGAAAAGUAGUUAGUAUUGUAUAGAUACUUGAGACCCCGGAGAACAUGCUGCACUUAUAAGAAGAAGCUCAUGCUCCUUUCUUACAGCAGCAUCACACUGAGUCCGUUUUAAAGAAGGGCUCAUUUUUCAGGCCAACAACUGUUGCAUUUGAACGAGAUAUAAAUCAUAGAUUUUCCAAAAACACUCAGUUGAUUGUAGCAGUGUUAUUUAAGCUGGUAUGUUUAUUUUAUUUUAUUUUCUUGGAUAGCUUUAUAUUUUGGCUUUUAUUAUAAAUUGUGUUCUGCUUGUGUUUAAAUGGCUUGGUUUUAAGCUAGAGCACUAUAUUGGGGUGUCUUUUCUGUAUGGCAUCCUUUUAUUUGCUUGGCUGGGUUCAUAAUAGUGUGUGCCAUAUUCUUUCUUUUCACUGAUUAGAAGCCAUGAGACUUAUCAUCUAGUGGCAAGCUGCAGGGACCAUUAACAGUGUGUCUCUGACUAUAACUUGGAUCUGCCACUAUGCACUGCGUAAUUUGUCUGUACCACUAUGUACAAUCUCUAUUUGGUUCAACUUAGAUGAAAAAGAAAUAAAUAUUUGCUAAACUCUCAA